CAACCACUUUUCCUUUCCCCUGUUUUUACUUGCUUAUCAUUUAGUUGGUAACUUCCUUCAUUUUCUUUUCCUCAUACUGUAUAAAUAUAUAAAGAAAUCACUAUUUUCCUAAGAUACUUUAGCAUGCAAAAAAGAAAAAGAUCAUUCAAAAGAUUAAAGUCAUAAAUUCAUAGGAUCAGACAGAGAGAAACAAAUUUUCUUUCUCUGCUUUUAAGAUCCUUCUUAUGUCCUUUCAAGAUUUGGGUAUUCUUGGAGCUGCAAAAGAGCAACAAAACUAGAAAACAGAGAAGUGAUAGACAGAAGAAAGGCAAUGGAGAAAUUUUCUGGGCUUAGCCAUCUAUUUAUGACAGUAUUUCUGAGUUGCUUCUCAACAUUUAUGGUAAUCCCACCUAUGACUGAUAUCACUUUAUCAGCCAUUUGUCCAGGCAAAGAUGAAUGCUCCCUUGCUAUUUACCUCACUGGAAUUCAACAAGCGAUAGUAGGAAUGGGAUCACUAGUGAUGAUGCCAGUAUUAGGGAAUUUGUCAGACACUUAUGGGAGAAAAGUCAUGCUAACUGUUCCCAUGACCCUUUCCAUCUUCCCUCUAGUGAUAUUAGCCUACAGCAGGACAAAGUACUACUUCUACGCUUACUACGUGCUUAGAACUCUCAUUGCCAUGAUUUGCGAAGGAAGCGUUCAGUGUCUUGCUCUUGCCUAUGUGGCGGAUAAUGUUCCAGAAAGUCGACGAGCCUCCGUUUUUGGAGUCCUCUCUGGAAUUGCCUCUUCUGCUUUUGUCUGUGGAAACAUCUCUACUCGCUUCCUCUCCACUGCUUCCACUUUCCAAGUUGCUGCAGCAAUGGCGGUGAUAGCUUUAGCAUACAUGAAAAUGUUCCUUCCUGAGUCAAUAAUGAAAGGUAACAUUUGCUCAAAAGAAACAGAAACCAUUUGUCUUUUGGAAAAUUCUCCCAAGAAAGGCUUCCAAUUUUUCAAGACAUUGCCUUCUUUCAGCGAUAUGCUAUGCUUGUUAAAGACCAGCUCGACAUUUUUACAUGCAGCUGUUGUUUCAUUCUUUGUUAAUGUUGCUCAAGUUGGACUUGAGGCUUCUUUACUUUAUUUUUUGAAGGCGCAAUUUCAUUUUAACAAAGAUCAAUUUGCUGAUUUGUUGAUAAUUUCUGGUAUAGCAGGAUCCAUAUCACAGCUACUUCUCAUGCCCAUAUUAGCUCCUGCUCUUGGAGAAGAGAAGUUGCUUUCUGUUGGACUCUUCUUCAGUUUUCUUCAUAUGUUACUUUACAGUAUUGCUUGGUCCUCUUGGGUCCCUUAUGCAAGUGCUUUGAUAUCUGUGUUUUCUAUUUUCGCAAUGCCAUGUUUAAAGAGCAUUGCAUCUAAGCAAAUUGGACCAAAUGAACAGGGAAAGGUUCAAGGAUGCAUCACGGGCAUAUGUUCAUUUGCAAGUGUAGUUUCUCCUCUAGUUUUUAGCCCUUUAACAGCUUUAUUUCUGUCGCAAAAUGCACCCUUCCAUUUCCCAGGAUUCGGUAUAGCCUGUGCUGCCUUUGCAUCAAUGCUAGCCUUUAUUCAGAGUCUCAUGAUAAGGCCAGAUGAUACUGUGAUCAAUUGCAGUCCAAACGAUUCAGAGUCAGGAGAGCCAUGAUCUUGCAAUUGGAGUAUGAAGCUCUAAAGUCUAAACCAGAUUGUGUAUAGUUCAAUUUAUUUAUUUAACUUUAUCAAUAGUUUAUUUAUUUACGCCAUCCUGAAGCCAAUCCAAAGUUCAGACAGAUGAACUCCAAGAGAAGGCCCCCAUGUACCAUUGGUAAUUAGAUAGUAUUUACUUCAGCAUCUUCCUAAUAGGAUUAAGAAUCUAUAGAAAUGUAUGAUAAUCAAAGUAGGUAUUGAAGGUUCUUUUUAUGUUAUUUA